AUGGAAAUGAGCUUCCAUGAUAAAAGCAUCAUUGCUUUCAUAAAAGUCCUAAUCUUAUGCAACACAUGAAUGAUAUUUGGAAGAUGAUUUUUCCACGGAGAUGGGCUAGAAUUGAUAAGCUGGAUUUUACUAUUUAACAUAAUCUCAAUCCUCACAAUUAUUGGCAUGAAUGGAUGGAUCAAGCUGCCUCACUACAAUUACCAUGGCGAUUUGUUCCUUAUCAACAUAAUAGUCCAGUGCCUCUUUUCUUUAUUUUCCUCUGCCAUUCUGCUUUAUUGGAUUAUCCCAAGCAUCAUUUUUGUCACUAAAUACAUCAAAAAUCUGCCUGCUGAAGUUCCUCAAACAGAAGCCCAACAAAUUAUCAGAAGAAAAUACAAGCGAAAAAAAGUCCCACAGUCUUAA